UUUAAAAAUUUUAAUUCAACAAAAUUUAAAAAAAAAAUUGAUAUUGUGCAGAAUUCAAAAAAGUUACGAACAAAUUAGUACACAGCAAAGUUUAAAUUUUUAUGAAAAAAAUUCCAGAAAAAAAUCGAAUAUAAAAUUUAUAAAUAUACGCAUAUCUGUGGUUUUCAGUUUGUUAUUGUAUUGUAGAUACACAGGUACCAACUUAUACAUAGGAUACUUAAAAGUUUAUAUAUAUCUUUUCUUAUCAACGCUUUAGCCCUUUUUCUAGUGCUGCGUUACGUUUACUGAAAAUCAAAUUUACUUUAUAUUUUAAAUAACUGAAAAUUUAAGAUUUAAAAAAAAGAAAGAAAAAAUUUAAAAUUUUUACUAAUUAUGUAUAAAUAGUAUACAACUAAGUGGCGGAAGCUAUGCCAUCAACGCUACGCUACACAAAAGACUUCUUCAGCUAAUUUAAUAGGCACGAAUUCGAAAACAAAUUUAUUAGCAAUAGAUAUUUAUAAAAAACGUUCUCAAAUUUCCAUAUCAAAGCAUUUGAAAGGAUAUCGUUCUGUAAGAGACAAAAGGUGAAAAAUAGCAGCUCAAGAUCUCUGUUGCCCCUCAAAAGGAUAUCUACGAAAAAUAUGAGGCAGAGAAUAACAACUUUGCUGGAAGAGAUAGAUGCUUUGGGAGCACAGAGCUCAGAUGAGAACAAAACACCAAGUCAGAAAACAGCAGAAGAAGAGGGUGCCAGAAUUUGAAAACACAAAUAAUUUUAAUUAAACUAAAGGCCAAACGCUUAGAUCAUUGAAAAUUAAGCUGCAACAAAAAGGCAAUUCCUCCAAAGAGAUUUGCCAAAUGAAAACACGCAAAACGAAAACUGUUAAGUACCGCAUUUAAUCCUACUUCCACAACGUAUGCAUUUUCUGCCAAAGUACAACUCAGCUGCCACCCGACAUAGCCAAGCUUUUGGCUUUUCAAUCAAAAAUUCGUUUAUUUAUUUUUAUACUUUUCUAAAACAAGACAAAAAAGCUUUUCUUCCAACAACAACUUUCCUCUGUGACAUGACUCCAUAAAAUACGUCGAAAAAAAAAAUUCAAAAAGCAACAAAUUAGUUAACUGGCUGCGCAAAAGCAGCUACGCGGUACGUCGUCUCGGUCUCAAACAUUUUCGCUUUUGCCCUAAAUACAAAAACAAACCAAAAGUACAGAGUAAAGAUUCUAAAACUACAAUAUGCAUACAAAUUCAGUGACCUACAUUGAAUAUGAAACUAUAACAAAAACAAUAACAAAAUCAUGUUCUCGUUCUUGCACUCACAUGGUGAAUGGUGUGGGUAUAAGAGCGGCGGAAGAAGUGAAAGGAGAGAAAGUCGAAAGGGCAAAAGGUGGAGCGGAGUUGUUGAAAAGGCGUUCUAGUAAAUUUUCAAAGUUUUUCCAUGCAACAACUGGUUUAAAGAAAAUUCGUAGUCUAUUUGCGAGAAAAAAUGAUGAAAUGAACGCCGGCAACGGCUCCUCGCGGGCGCCAGCCUCCGGGAGCCAAAUAUCACCACAACUACCCGACGUACAAACGCAACAGCAACAGCAGCAGCAGCAGCAGCAACAACAACAGCAGCAGCAUCAGCAACAACAGCAGCAGCACCAACAACAACAACAACAAAUUCAACAACAACAGCAGCAGCAGCAACAACAAAAUAACAACACAUACGGCAACUAUCCCAGCAUAUAUAAUCCAACAGCAGCACAGAAUGGCAUCACACCACCAGUUGGCACAUACUCCAUGGGUGAGCCCGAUACGUUGCGCACACUAAAGAAUACAUUUGGUCCGAAUUCCGAAUUUACAACAAGCGGCUACGCCAGCAACUAUAGUAAUAUGGUAACGGCUAAUGGUGGUGGUCUGCAACAGCAACAACAGCAACAGAUGGACAAUAUGAGUGGCAUGGCUGGCGGUUAUGGGCAGAUGAGCGCCAAUCAAAUGCACGGUGGUAAUGUGCAAAAUCUCUAUAUGAAUGGCAACAUCGGUGCUAACGGUAGCGGCAAUCCAAGUGCGACCAAUAUGAAUGGCGCUGGUGGCAAUGCCUCCCAAGUGGCUGGUGGUAAUCCAAAUGUUAACAUGAAUACCGGUCCCAACAUGCAAAUGGGCCAUAUGAAUGCAUACAAUGGUGGUGGUGGCGGCAGCGGGGUCAGUGGCGGUGUUGUUGGCGGCGUUGGUCCCAAUGGCAAUCCCAAUCUAGCGCCAUCAAGGCAUCAAAUGAACCCUAUGAACCAGAUGCAGAGUAUGACUAUGGGUGGUGGUCCCCAAAUGACACCCCAACAGCAGCAACAGGCAAUGAACGGUCUUGGUCCUAUGGCCAAGAUGCAAGGUAUGGCGAAUGGUGGUUAUGCGCGACGCUCCGCGCCAUAUCCUUCAGCACAAAUGCAUGCGGCGCAAAAGCGUGCUAGCUACACCUCCAUGGGCAAUCCGUCUAUGCAGAAUGUUCCUCCACAAAUGGGCAUGCAACAUUAUGGCCAGCAAAUGCAUCCACAAGCCGGUAGCGGUGUGCCAGUACCAAUGCAAGCUGCUGCUUAUGGCCGUGGCGGUCCCAUGAGUGGUUAUGCUCGCGCUAACGCAAUGGGUCCCGGCAUGGGUCCGGGUGGCAUGGGUCCUGGUGGUAUGGGUCCUGGCGGCAUGGGUCCCGGUGGUAUGGGUCCCGGUGGCAUGUGCCCUAGCAGUAUGGGUCCUGGUGGAAUGGGACCAGGCGGUAUGGGUCCAGGUGGUGUUAGUGCAAUGCAACGUGGUAUGCCACAAGGUCCAGGUGGUUAUAGCGCUGCAAUGGCACAUCAGCAGAAUCAAUAUUAUCCAGGUGUAAAUGGUGGUGGUGGUGGCGGUAUGGGUCCGGCUGGUCCGGGUCCUCUUACGAAUACCGGAGCAAUGUACCAGAAUCAAGGUUUCCAGCAAAAUUACCAACAUAGCCCAGUUCCUGGUAAUCCGACGCCGCCAUUAACACCUGCCUGCAGCGUUCCAUACAUCAGUCCGAAUCCAGACAUCAAACCAAUAAUGGACAACUGCGAGGAGAUGCGAUUGACAUUCCCCGUACGUGAUGGCAUCAUACUUCCACCGUUCCGCUUGCUGCAUAAUCUCUCCGUCAGCAAUCACGUAUUCCACUUAAAACAGAAUGUCUACAAUACGCUCAUGUGUCGCUCCGAUCUCGAGCUGCAGUUGAAAUGCUUCCACCAAGACGACCGACAAAUGAACACAAAUUGGCCACAUACAGUAACGGUAUCGGCCAAUGCCACGCCCCUCACCAUUGAACGUUCCGAAAAGACGGGGCAAGCAUUGCGGCCGCUAUAUCUUAAGGGGGUGUGUCAACCCGGACGUAAUACUCUGCAACUUACCGCUAGUUCCUGCUGUUGUUCCCACUUAUUCGUGCUGCAGCUAGUCCAUAGACCCUCCGUACGGCACGUACUACAGAGCCUACAUAAACGCAACUGCUUACCAGUAGAUCAUUGUGUGGCGAAAAUCAAACGCAACUUUAUGGUCUGCUCAACGACUAGUGGUCCACUAGAGCCCGGCGCUAACAACAUGGAAGCGACCAAGUGCACUAAGAUCUCAUUGAAAUGUCCGAUAAUGAAAUCUCGAAUACGAAUGCCAGCGCGAGGACAUGAAUGCAAGCAUAUCCAGUGUUUUGAUCUGGAGGCCUAUCUGCUUAUGAACUGCGAGCGUGGCGCUUGGCGGUGUCCAGAAUGCAAUAAACCUGCGUUAACAGAAAGUUUAGAGAUCGAUCAAUACGUCUGGUCUAUUUUGGAUAAACUGAAUACCACUGAUGUGGAUGAAGUCAUUAUUGACUCGAGUGGUAAUUGGCGCGCGGCGCAGGGUAUGCAUCAAGGUUCACCGCUCACGGCGAUGUCAGCGCAAAUGCCCAGCCCAAUGUCCGGACAAAUGGUUGGCCAAGUACCUGGCGCACAGAUGCCGGGACAAAUGGGUGGUCAAGCACCAAAUCAAAUAGGUGGACAGAUGCCAGCACAAAUGGGCGCUCAAAUGCCUGGACAAAUGGGUGCACAGAUGCCCGGUCAGAUGCAGGGACAAAUGAGCCAGAUGGUCGGUGGUCAAAUGCCAGGACAAAUGGGCAGCCAACUGCCCGGACAAAUGGGCGCCCAGAUGGUAGGCCAAAUGGCCGGUCAACUUGGUGGUCCAAAUGUACCGACUAUUAAACAGGAGAAUACAUUCGACGAUCAAUCAAAAGUUAUGUCACCAUGGGACAACUCGCAGGCGAUGAGUCCUUACAUGCAACAUGACAUGAAUGCAGGCACACCUAAUGUACCCGGCGCUGGGCAAAUACGUAGUCCCUUCGAUAUGUACGGAGGUGGUGAUGUUGGUGUUGCUGAUCAGCAUGCAAGUGAUACUGGCAAUUCUCUGGACCAGCUUAAUGCAAUGGAGAAAAGCCUUACAGAUCAGAUGCCACACACUCCGCACACACCCAUGCAUCCGAUGACACCCGGCGGUCCACCAAGUGUCAGCUCGGCGCAUAAUGAGCCCUCAACACCCAAUGCGAAUAUAUCCAACUCCUCACCACAAACACCAGGCACACCCGGCCAACCAGGUGGUCCUGCAUCCAAUCGAGGUACUACGAGUGACUCACAACAUCAACAGCAAUUACACUCCCAGCAGUCAGUCCAGCAAUCACAGCAAGAGCAAAUAAUUAACUCGCUAAUUAACUCACAACCCAAUGGUUUGUCGAAUCUCAACGAGACCGAUUUGAAUGCCGAACUGAAUAUGGACAACAAUGACGGUGCUGGAGAUUUGAAUCUUCUUCCUGAUGUUGAUCCCAUGGAGAUUCUCUCGUAUUUGGACCCACAACCUGAUCUAAAUACGCCGCCAUCAAGUGGUUCCAGUAAUAACAACAACAAUGACGACAUACUUUCGACACUAUUCGAUUGAGACAAUCUACUGGCUGAGUUGUUGCAAUUGCAUGGUCAAAAACUACAGAAAAUAAAGCAAGCAAAUGAUGAGUCCUCAAGCAAUGCUCUUGAAGUGUAUGUGUAAUCGAAGCAUGCCAACAACAAAAUAAACACCUGUACACAUGUAUGUACAUACAAACCGAGGACCGCAAACAAGAGGAUGGCAAACAAAAGAAAAAAAAUGGUUAGUUGAAGGCGAAACCAACAAAUUGGACUGCUUGGCGUAAUAUUUCUACAUCCGGAGAAUAUCAAAAAAAGGCACUACACAACUUUUUGGCGUAGCUUUUUGCUAUUUCUUCGCAGGAAAAAAUUAAACAAACGAAAAAUAAAACAAAAACUAAAUGUAAAUUCAAAGUUUAAGAUUUUAGAAAAAAAAAUUGCUACAUUUGUAAUGUGUAAAAUUUUUUUAAAAUAUUUUUCCUUUGUGGAAAAUCCAAUAUUACGCAUAAGUAGAAAUAUUGUAGUGAAAAACGCACUUAGUCUACAACAUUUACAAUAAACCAACAACAAAUAGUCGCAUAGACAACUGCAAAAAUGAUUGCAAUGAAAUGAAAACACUUUGAAAUAUUUCUAUGAAAUCUAACUUUCGACGAUCUGUACAUACAUAUACAUAGUAUUAUUAAUGUUUUAACCAACUUAAAUACAGAAAUUAAAACUAAACAAACAAACAGAAAAAAAAAACAUUUACAAAUAAAAUCUCACAAAUUUUUGUGUGCAGCUCUAA